GUAAUGGAGCGAUUUUUUCCGAGAAUUUUCCUAGACAUCGAAAUCGUCCUCCUCGCGUUUCAAACUAUAAUUUAAAACCAGUGACGAAGUACUGUACUGUACUUACGUACUGUUCAUAAAGCAAACGCUACCAGAGUCCCUCCCUUAGUCGACAACACACAUUGGUGCUUGACAUUGUUAUGCAGUUUAGUUGAUAAGCGAAAACCAACCGGGGCGGCCGUCGAUGCCGUCAAUGUAAAUAGUCUCGAUGUGGUUAGCGACGUAAGCAUUGUGGUUAUAUAGAUUAGGUGAGAAGGCAGAGACAGUUCGCAUUUCUUUCGCAGUCUUGUUACAGAAACAGAAAGGGGAUGUUUAUUGGUACUUCAAUUUUUGGGCAGCAUUCAAGCAGCGCCAGCAUUUGGCAUUGACGUGUAAAGUGUAUCGUUGUUUCCAGUUGUAAGAACAAAACAUCAAUUACUAAGUAUAAGCCGGGGAGCGAGGGUCUAAACGCCGACUCUCUUGUCCUUAAAGUAUCGAAUAAGUUGCAGAAACCGGGGUGCUAUAUGAAUUGUAAAAAAAGAAAUCGUUUGAAAUGCUAUCCGCUAUCACCUUUCAAACUAUUACGCGUCUCGCAAAAGGCUUUCGUUGUUGUCCAGUUUGGUUUGUCGCGAACAGCUCUCCAUUCUCUCUUUCGCGCUAGUGCGCGCUUCUGCGCAAAACAACUAACGACACUUUCACUAAACCUGUGCCAAACUAACAAACAAAAAAAAACAUAAGCGGGCCCGUUUGUACAUACAACUAAAACGCAUUAAAAUAGAUGUUUCUAAACUCUACUCCUAUCGUCUACUAACUCGCAAGAGACACCAACACACCAGAGAGGUGCCGGCCAGUCAUUGUUAUCAAAUUGUCAGCUAAUUAACACGAGCAUCAGCAGCAGCAGCAGCAGCAGCAGCACUAGCAUCAUCAUCAUCAUCAACCGUGCCGGCCUGGCAUCCGUCCGCUAGCGCCAUUAUCGAUCGAAAGUUGAGCAAAAAUCCUUGUGCGAAACCUGGCACAUGUCGCCAUGGUGCCGCGAACGCGCAUUACCACUCCGGGUUCUCGAGGCGCACGAGGCAACCGGCUUUCCAUAAUCCAGCCGCACCCCCCGCCCCGCGGGGUGGGCGGCGAGAUGUUGCGAUGUUCGCGGUUUAGGGAGACCGCGUCUAUCCACGCUUCCAAGCACACCUUCCCUCCUUCCUUCACGCGAAAUGUUAUGAAUAAUUGAAGAGUAUGAUAACGAUAUGUAAAAAUCUUUCAAAACACCGUGCCAAGUUUGGGCUGGAGUGUACAGGGGUGGCCGCAGACCUCCCUAACUACUAACAGCGGGAAGGUUGGGGAUCGUUAGGAUCAGUGGCUUUGAUCUUGCUGCCUCUAACGCUCAUUCGAAGAGUGCACGAGUGGCACAGAUUUAUCGUUUUCACUUUUCACUCGGUCUUGGUCUCAUAAUAAUUUUUGAAUUUUUUUUUUACCUCCCUCCAUUCGAUCGAGCUCGAUGGUCGGUGAGAUGAGAUUGCGGUUUUAAAGCUGCAGAGUAACAGGCAGCUGCGUUGAGCUGUAUAGAAGAGGUAUUGUAUAUACCGCAAAUUCUCUCCUAAAGAAAUCUUUUCAAAUUUUUCCUCGCCUAUUCUGAUCUUCCUCUGUUCCUUUCACAACUUAACCUAACGGAGGUGUAAUUGCUGCACGGAACAAAUCGAUAAAUCAAUAAUGAAACUCCCGAAAGUGCCGAAAGGCCACCAGGGAAAGAAGCAUCUCGAAUUAUUUUUUUUCUAAAAACAACUCAAAUCUUUACCCCCAAAGUGACAUGUUCAGCGUCCAGUAGAAAGCGCUGAUCUUCCAGCACAAGUCAAAACCCAUCCAACUAACCUACGGUGGCGCCCUUGAGCCCCAACUCUGUUGCUCUAUCCUGCUCACCUAACGUUUCGAGGGAAAAAAGACUGUCCAAGGGGGGGAUGAGAUGUAGUAAACAGAGAUAAAAAGAAAUAGAGAGAGAAAGAAAGAAAAUGAAAACAAUUCCAAAACAGAUAUUUGGCUUACCAGACUAAAGACAAGUGUUAUCGAUGUUCCACAAGCACGGUCCCGCGACAGGAUCCGCGUAGCAAUUUGAAAGAACUAGAAUGCGGCCAUUCCGGUGUUGUGCGGCAAAAGUAACAGAACACAGAAUUUGACAGUCGAUUGGAGGCACGUUGUUAGUAAACAGUUUGCGCGCCGCGAAAAAUAAAAGCAUUUUGAUAUCCAUGUAAAGCAAAAGCCAGAGGAAGAAGGAAGCUAACAAAAUUAUACUAAAUCCAGUGCAAGCACGGGGUGGACAUUGCGAAUACAAGAUGGCGGUUGAGGUCGCGCGCAACCGCACCGCACCCAAGUGACAAGUUAGCCAACAACAGUGUGAUUUUAUAUACAGACAAAA